GCCCCCUCCCGGUGGAGGGAAGAUGGCGGAGGGGCUGGAGCGCGUUCGCGUUUCGGCUGCUGAGCUGCGGGACAUGGUGGCGGCUCAGGCCCGCGCCGCAGCUGGCGGUGGACGAGAAAAUGUGAAGGAAGUGAAGGAGCCAAGGCAUCGCAAAGACAACAGGCGCCCAGACCUGGAGAUUUACAAGCCUGGCCUCUCCCGACUGAGGAGCAAACCUGUGCCACCAAAGCAUGAGGCCUUGGAAAAGGAGAGGAGCAGAGCUGAAGAGGGCAAUGAGGAGAGCGCCAGUGACAAGGGCUCUUUGGGAGGAGAGGCUCCAGUCAUGGAGGACUUUGGCAGAGGUGAUGGCCCCAAGCAGAAUGGUCCUUCACAAGAAAACGAAGAAGAGAUGGAGACUAAAGGCAAUCUUCAGAGCCAGGAGAAUUUGUCCAAGCAGCCUGCUCUGGAUGAAUGGUGUCCCAAAACCACCAGGAGAACAAAGAAGCCGGACCAGCAGAUCUACCAGCCUGGGAAACGCCUGUACUCAGCUGCUAAAGAGCCCUCCCUACGGUCAGCUACUGAGGAUGUCACCAGUAAGAUGGAGCAGCUGAAAGUUGAGAGAGAUGAAGAGGCUGAGAAAGGCAGUGGAAAAGACAAUAACAGGAGGGCCAAAUCAGGCAAGGAGGAUAGAGAGGGGAGCCAGGCAGGGGAGGGACUGAAAGCCUCCAGGGGAGAAAAAGGAAGACAAAUAGAGCGAAGUGACAGGGUAAGGAGAACAAGCAGCGAGGUGAUGCAGGGGAAGCUGGGCCCUACCAAGCGCUACUCCCGCUCCGACAAGCGGCGCAGCCGGUACCGCACCUGCAGCACCAGCUCAGCUGGGAGCAACAACAGCGUGGAUGGAGCCCCGCUCAGGGACGGCGUGGAGAGGCGGCAGGAGCGUGCCAGGGAACGGCUGCGCCCGAGGAAACAGCUCUCUGCAUCCUCCACUGACUCCUUGGACGACGACAGGAUCGAUGAGGUGGUGCCAUACGGCUCCAGCAGGAACGCGGACAAGAAGAAGCGGUCAGAGCUGAGUCGAGCCUCUAGGAGUGAGAGCGAGUGGAGCAGCAACGGCAGGGAGGUCAAGGGACCCUUUCGAGUCACGUUUGACAGCAGGACUAUGAGCAGGGACAUCAGUCUGGCAGAGACAGAUAAAAAAAAGCCCCUGAAGGCGUUUACUAGUGGCAAUGACUCAGAGGCUUCGCAGAGCCGAGAGCCCCACGGGAGGGGUCGUGGGAUUCUGUUCCUGCCUGCCAACACAGACCUCUCUGCCAGCACUGCCGGCUCCACCGAACCCACUCACCCUGGGCCCCGGCUCCUGCUCAGUGGGGCUGGCAGCAAAGGCCCCCGGAGCAGGGGCCGAGGCGGUGCUGCUCGCAGACUGUGGGACCCAAACAACCCGGACCAAAAACCCGCCCUGAAGAGCCAGACCCCUCAGCUUCACUUCCUGGACACGGAUGAUGAAGUGAGCCCCACCUCGUGGGGGGAAGCCCGCCAGGCCCAAACAUCCUACUAUAAAUUCCAGAACUCUGACAACCCCUACUAUUACCCCCGGGCUGCUGGCCAAGGCCCUCAGUAUCCUUACGGUGGGUACUCCUUGCAGUAUCCUAUGGGUCCAAGCAAUGGUGUGUACCCAGGAGCCUAUUACCCUGGGUACCCCAGCCAGGUGGGGCAGUACAUGUGUGGCCCACUCCCCCCAACUCCCCUGAGCCCUGAGAUGGAGCAGCAGAUGCGAAACAUGCAGCAGCAGGAGCUCAGCAAACUCCUCCGUGAGGCUGGGAACCAGGAGCAGCAGCUCAGCAAUUUGCUUUCCAGAGACCGAAUCAGCCCAGAGGGGCUGGAGAAGAUGACCCAGCUGAGGGUGGAGAUGCUGCAGCUGUAUGAAAGGUGCAUCCUGAUGGACAUUGAGUUCUCUGACACCCAGAAUGUGGACCAGCUGCUGUGGAAAAACGCAUUUUACCAGGUGAUAGAGAAAUUCCGGCAGCUCCUCAAGGACCCGCAGGGAGAGGACGCCCACGAAAUCCGCAACAAGCUGCUCCAGCUCCUAGAUGAGGGCUCCUCUUUUUUUGAUGGCCUGCUCCAGAAGCUGCAGCUGUCAUACCAGUUCAAGCUAGAGGACUAUAUGGAUGGGAUGGUUAUCCGCAGUCAGCCUCUGAGGAAAAUGGUGAAGUAUGCCCUGAUCAGCGCUCAGCGGUGCAUGAUCUGCCAGGGGGACAUUUGCCGGUACCGAGAGCAGGCGAACGACACUGCCAACUACGGCAAGGCUCGCAGCUGGUACCUGAAGGCUCAGCAGAUUGCUCCCAAAAACGGCCGCCCGUACAACCAGCUGGCCCUCCUGGCCAUCUACACGAGGAGAAAGCUGGAUGCUGUCUACUAUUACAUGCGCAGCCUGGCUGCUAGCAACCCCAUCCUCACAGCCAAGGAGAGCCUCAUGAGCCUCUUCGAAGAGACCAAACGCAAGGCCGAGCAGUUGGAGCAGAGGAAGCAUCAGGUGCUGGACCUGAGCCCCAGCCGCCGGGGGAAGGGCAAGAAGUCCACACUGCGACAGGUUGGAGAUGAUGCCACACGGCUGGAGAUCUGGAUCCAUCCCUCUCACCCCCGCUCCUCCCAGGGCCAGGAGUCCGGCAGGGACUCUGAGCAGGACAACAGCCUUGGGAACCUCAGCCCCAGCGACCUGAACAAAAGGUUCAUCCUCAGUUUUCUCCAUGCCCAUGGGAAGCUGUUUACCAGGAUUGGGAUGGAGACGUUCCCUGCCGUGGCUGAGGAGGUCCUGAGGGAGUUCCAGGUGCUGCUGCAGCACAGCCCCCCCCCCAUCGGAAGCACUCGAAUGCUCCAGCUGGUGGCAAUCAACAUGUUUGCAGUGUACAACUCCCAGCCCAAAGAGUGCAUCUCUGAAGACUGCCGCUCUGUCAUCCAGGAACAGGCCACAGCCCUGGGGCUCUCCAUGUUUGCUCUCCUGGUCAGGAGGUGCACCAGCCUGCUGAGGGAGUGCCUGCAAGCUCAGUCACGAGAGGUGGAGCAGGAGGAUGAUGAGGACGAGAUCAAGGUCUCUGCCUUGCCCCAGGACCUGAAGGAGCUGCUCCCUAGCCUGAAGGUCUGGUCGGACUGGAUGCUUGGCCACCCGGACACCUGGAAUCCUCCUCCGACCUCUCUCGAGCUCCCCAAACAGGUCUCAGUAGAUGUGUGGGCGACGCUGGCUGACUUCUGUAACAUACUGACCACAGUGAAUCAGUCGGAGGUGCCCUUGUACAAGGACCCAGAUGACGACCUUGCCCUGCUUAGCCUGGAAGAGGAUCGACUGCUCUCGGGCUUCAUUCCCCUGCUGGUCGCCCCCCAGGAGCCCUGCUACGUGGAGAGGACCUCGGACAAGGUUAUUGCAGCCGACUGCAAGAGGGUCACAGUUCUGAAGUAUUUCCUGGAAGCCCUUUGUGGACAAGAAGAGCCUUUGCUGGCAUUCAAGGGUGGAAAAUAUGUGUCAGUGGCACCCGUCCCAGACGCCAUGGGAAAGGAAAUGGGAAGCCAAGAGGGAAAACAACUGGAAGAUCAGAAGGAAGAUGAUGUGAGGAUUGAGGCAUUUGAAGAUGAUUCUGAGGCUGAAGUCAGUGGAGGAGAGAUGGACAUCAAAGAACUCAGAGCCAAGAAGCAAGCCCUGGCCAGGAAAGUAGCUGAGCAGCAGCGUCGUCAAGACAAGAUUCAGGCUGUGCUGAAAGACCAGAGUCAAAUGAGGCAGAUGGAACUGGAGAUCAGACCUGUCUUCCUGGUCCCAGACACCAAUGGUUUCAUUGACCACCUCAGCAGCUUGAUCACUCUGUUGAACUGCAGGAAAUUCAUCCUGGUGGUGCCCCUAAUUGUGAUAAACGAGCUGGAUGGCCUGGCCAAGGGCCCAGAGAUGGAGCACCGGGCUGCAGGCUAUGCCCGCCAAGUGCAGGAGAGAGCCAGGAAGUCCAUCGAGUUCCUGGAGGAGCGAUUUGAGAGCCGGGACAACUGCUUGAGGGCUCUGACCAGCAGAGGCAAUGAGCUGGAGUCCAUCUCCUUCCGCAGUGAAGACACCACUGGCCAACAGGGAAACAAUGAUGACCUGAUUCUGUCCUGCUGCCUGCACUAUUGCAAUGACAAGGCCAAGGAUUUCAUGCCCUCCAACAAAGAAGAUCCCAUCCGUUUGCUCAGGGAAGUGGUUUUGCUGACCGAUGACCGGAACCUGCGAGUCAAAGCGCUGACCCGCAACGUGCCGGUGCGGGACAUCCCCACCUUCCUCAAGUGGGCCCAGGAGGGCUGAGAGGGCCAAGCGGGGCCGACAGCCCCUGAGUGAGUCACGCAGCCUGGUAGGGUGGGAGACCGGCUUCAGCGGCAGCCCUCGCCACACGCCCAGCCCACCACAAACAAUAAACACCACGACUUCAACCCACCCCACGAUGGCCAUGCUGUGAAGAGCCCCCUCCCGAGGGCAGACCAGCUGGGAAGGUCAUUGCUGUGGAUGGUUCACGUGGAGGCUGGGCUGGUGAGGGUCCCACCAGCCUUUUGGGCAGUGCCAGAGCAGAGCUGGUGAGCCCUGCUGGCUAGGGAAGCUUUGGGUGAGCCCGUGCCAGACCGCCAGCAUUUUGCUUGGUUUGCUUGGUUGCAGAAAGCUCGAGUCACAAGUUGGUGGCUCUUCGGGUUUGUAGGCUGUGUAGGGCAGAGACCGAGGACACUGAGGCCAGAGUAGACUUUUGGAUUGCUUAGUCUAUCUCGUACCCCUCAGAGAGGCCAUGGACUUCAAGGGCAGGUCCCCUCCUGCCCCACCCUGUUAGUCCUGCAUGGCCCAGGCAGCUCCAGGCCUCCAGCCCCUUCCCAACCUCAUGCUCACCUCACGCAGGGUCUGCUGCUUGCGGAGGUGUUUGUCCUCUCCCUGGUGCAGGGUUUGCUUAUUGAGUUUUGUUUCAGGUUUCAGUUUAGGUUAGUUUUCAGGUGUGUGCUCCACCUGCUUAGCUGAGGGAAGCUUUGAACAGCCCCAUAUCCCUCACAGCUGCUUUCUGUCCUGCUCCCCUGCUGCUUAUCUGUCCCUUCUCUCCUGCCCCAAACCCCUGAGUCCCACUCCGCUAUCUUCAGACAUGUUUUUGACCUAAGACAGAGUGAGGCCAAAAAAAUGAUCCCAAGGACCCCAGGUCCAGCUGUCCCACAGGUCCCUUGUGUCCUCACAUUGCCAUGGGCUCCUCUUGCCUGUGGGAUCCACUUCUCAUGGCUGCAAGGCCAGGCUGGUGCCUGCCCAGCUGGGAGGGUCCCCUUUCGAGCUGCCCCUUUGCCUUGGAGGGAGCUGUGAAGGGACCCUGCUGCCUCAUCCGUGGGUCAUAUCGCACCAAGAGUCAUUGCAGGGUUGGGGCAUUGCUGAGUCCUCUACACAUCACAUCCUAUCACCCAAGUUUCCCAUCCCUGUCCCAGUUACACACCAGAUAGAGAAGCUAAGAGAGAGCAUUAACCUGUGAACCAGAGUCCAUGAAGCUCUGUCAAGUCCCAGUCCCAUGAGCAGAGGGUGGGAGUGACCCUGAGGCUGUCCGCGGUCCCCAUGGCCAUGAGAGGGAAGAGUCAAAGGUGGCAGAGGAAGCAGUAGGACUGAGCCCAGCACUUUCCUUUCCUUUCCUUUCCUUUCCUUUCCUUUCCUUUCCUUUCCUU